GUAAGCAGUGCCACGUCAGACAGUGCCACGUCAGCAGUGACAUUCAACAAAGUGCCACGUCAGCAGCACCACGUCAGACGCAGUGCCACAUCAGCAGUGACACGUAAGCAGCAUUGCCACGUCAGCAACAUGACGGGCCUGCCAGGCCAACUAGCCAAUAAGACCAUUGCCGCCUACAAGCAGCGGUUCCACGCUCAGAUUGAGGCUGAGGAACAACGCCUGCUGGCAGUCGAGGCUGCCCACAUACAAGCUGAAGAGGCAGMAGCAGCAGAGAAACUGCGGCUACAGGCCGAUGCAGAAGCAGAUGCCCAGGCUCGCCGAAAGGAAGCCCAGGAUCUGCUGCAGCGGCAUGAAGCCAACAACAUCGACAGACUCAAGUACAGGCAUUUUCAACCAAAUGGCGACGACGCAACACCGAAAGAAAAGCACAAGGAGUUCCUCUCCAAACUCGUGAAGCGGUUGUUGUAUGCUUGCAACUACCAAAGGUCAGAGUUGGAGAGACAACACCGGGACCUGACGCAACAGCAUCAGGAAUUGGCGACGCUCCGCCGCACGGUGCAGAGCCACGAGGACGCAACUCGGGCACUCAAUGCCCAAUUGUUGGACCUGGAACAGGCUCUCACGGAGUGGCAGAAGAUUGCGGCUGUGCCCAAUCUGAACCUACCAUUCGAGCAUCUACGCCAUGAGUUCUACAACAGGUCUUGUGCGGCAUUGAGCCAGACUCUUGGUGAUCGCGAGCAGUACUCAACCUUCGCGGAGAUCAUUGACAAAGCAAGGGAGAUCAUCAAGACCAACAGGUCAGCUGCACACGAGAAAUCAACAUGGCAGCCGGCUUAUGUGGAGAAGGCACGAACUGGUCCGCGACAGCAGCACUUCGCUGCAGUCCAGCAGGACAGUGGAGAUAACCCAGCAGCCACUCCAAUAUCAAGUGACGGAGAUCAAGUGGCCGCUGUCCAGCCGCGAAGCACCAACAAGUCCCGUAACAAUGGGAAGGCGAAAUCCGCAUCGAGGGCCGGAAAUGGACAGCCAGGACAGUUUCCAUGGGUCAAGUUUGGCUUGACCGAGGCGGAGUACAAGGUCCGCGGCCGCUACGGCAGCUGCUAUUGGUGCAACAACACCAAGCACAAGACCUCCCUGUGCCAAGAUCAGGGCAAGGAGGAUGUGCGACCCCGCCUCAGCUCGGGAAACUGAGCUCCGCGGAAGGUGAGGCGACUCCACCUUCUACUCCGCCAGAUUCGGCCGCCUUGCUAGCGGCCUCCUGCACAUCUGGGGAGGAUGCGAAUGUC